AGUGGAAAAAAAAAUGCCUUGUGCAAAUGUCCUUGCAUACACACCUUCUGUAUCAACAGUCAUCGGACCUUCAAAUCCCGGAAGGCUCCAUGUCUACCCUCCAACAACAAGGACACUGUACAAUAAUCGUAACACAAACUCUAUUGUAUGCAAAGCUUCAACUUCACCAUCAUCUUCAAUCACAGAAUUCGAUCUCUACGACCUUCUGGGUAUCGAUAGCACCUCAAAUCGAUCACAGAUAAAAGCUGCCUACCGAUCCCUGCAGAAGCAGUGCCACCCAGAUAUCGCAGGACCAGCUGGGCAUGACAUGGCUAUCAUUCUCAACGAGGCUUACUCCAUCCUCUCUGAUCCCAGUUCACGUUCUGUCUAUGACAAGGAACAGGCAAAGAUAGAAGAAUUCAGAGGCUACACAGGGAAACCAAUCUAUUCUACGUGGUUUGGGUCGGAGAAGGAGGAGCGUGCAGUGUUUGUUGAUGAGGUGAAGUGCAUCGGUUGCUUGAAGUGCGCUUUAGUUGCCCAAAACACAUUCGCCAUUGAAUCAGUUUAUGGGCGAGCUCGGGCUGUUGGGCAGUGGGCUGAUCCUGAGCUCAAAAUUCAGGAAGCAAUUGAAGCCUGCCCUGUCGACUGCAUCUCGAUGGUGGAGAGAUCCAACUUGGCAGCGUUGGAGUUCCUUAUGUUCAGGCAACCACGUGGCAGUGUUCGAAUAAGUGCCGGAAAUGCUGUUGGGACACGUGUAUCAAAUAUAUUUGUUGAUGUUAAGAAGUUCCAGAGCCGAUACCAGGAGACCAAGGGCAAAGCCUCUCAACGUGAAAGGGAGUUAGAUCUGCAAAGAGAAGCCCGAAUGUCAGCCAUCCAAGCCAUUAGAUCAAUCUCAAAUUGGUGGUACUGGAAACCACCCAAGUCCAGUGCAAGUGGGUCCACCAUAGAUUCAAACCGGAACCUGGCAUGUCUCCCCAGAAAAGCCACUAAUCCAAACAUAGACAAGCUCCGAGAUGCUGCUGCUGCCAGAAAACUUGCGAGAGAGAAUGCAGGAGAGCCUGCCCAAGGGAAUCCAAAACCAUACAUCCAUGGCGAUGAGUACUGGACUCCAACAACGCCCUUGAUCCUUCCGGCAACGACCCAGAGCUCCAAGUCUAACAGAGUUUUGGGUUCUUCUCCCACCGUGGUGCCUAAGGUGAAGCAUGUAGCUGCCGAGGAUUACCGGGGAAACCCCCUGAGAUGGAGGAUUCCGGUGGUAACAGCAACAGUUGGGGCCGCUAUAGUACGGUUACAAGUGGGAGAUAGGGUUGGUGAUGGCCUGAAUCAACAUAUUGGAGGGUCUCUGGCGUUGGAGAUAGUAAACAGCUCUUGGUUACAAGCCAUUUUAGCAGGACUUGCGUGGUAUUUCAUUGGAAUGGCAAUGGUGGAAUUGGUGGAAGUUCUUAGAAUUAAGCAAAGAAAAGCUGAAAAUGGGGUUGAUGAAUAGGCUAUGUAUAUACGAGUAAAGAUGGGUCUUUGUAUGGUAAACUCUGUAAAAUUUAAUAAUAAUCAUGUCAUAAUCGUUAAUGUUUA